CGUGCAGGCUCUGACGUCACGCAGAGGGCGUGGAAACGGUCGACAUCAACAAAAGGGAAAAAGACUCGGGAAAAGAGAAAACAGACAGAAAGCUUGUUCAAGAAGAUGUCCAUCUAACAUUUCAGGUUACUUUAAGUUAACCGAAAGACAAAAACCCCGAGUCUCGACAUGGACGCCUUCGGGCUUAUGAAGGAGCUGGAGCUGAAGCUGGAGCAGGAGAGCCAGUAUCUGCCCAAGGAGUCGGGACUGAAACUGAUCGAGUCGAACCCUGAGGGGAAUGGAAUUUCUGCAAAAUGUCGCAAUGCCAAAGUGGAGGAUCUGUGGAGCUUGACCAGUUUCUUUGGCUACAGCACACAGACUUUCGUCCUAGCCAUUAAUCUGCUGGACAGAUUUCUAGCUAUGAUGAAGGUUCAGCCCAAACAUCUGGCCUGCAUCAGCAUUGGUUGCCUCCACAUUGCUGCCAGAGUGGUGGAGGAUAAGUGUGAUGUGUCGUCAACACACGAGCUGAUCCGCAUCAGCCAGUGCAAGUUCACUGUGUCUGAUCUCGGGCGCAUGGAGAAAAUCAUCUCAGAGAAACUCAACUUCCAGUUCCAAGCCAUCACUGCCUUAACGUUUCUGCACCUGUACCAUGCCAUCAUACUGGUGCAUACCACGAGCAGGAAAGAAAUCCUCAGUCUAGACAAGCUGGAAGCCCAGCUAAAAGCCUGCCUUUGCCGCAUUGUAUUUUCCAAAGCAAAACCAUCGAUGCUAGCUUUGUCGCUUAUAACACAAGAGAUUGAGGCCUUGCAAUCGGUGGAGCUGUUUGAGAUCACCCAGUCCAUGCAAAGACACUUAAGCGUCUCCGAGACGGAGCUACAGCUCUGGAGAGGCCUGGUGGCCCAGUGCCUGGUGCAGUACUCCUCGCCUACAUGUUCCAAACCCAAUCACAGGAAGCUGGUGUGGAUCGUGUCCCGGCGCACGGCGCAGACCCUGCACAACAGCUACUGCGGUGCACCAGAGCUGCCCACGAUCCCCGAAGACGGCUGGACUGAGAGUGAGGACUGGAGUGAGGAUCUGAGCUCGGGGGAGGAGUCUCUCAGCAGUUCUUUGGGCAGCGACGCAGAGGGGCCUUAUUUCCCUGCCCACUUUCAGAAGAAGUAGGCUGUCUAAAGGUGCUCAGCUGACCAGAGGCCAUUCUACAGAAAGUAACCUCGUAAAAAAAAAAAUGGCAGCAGCAACUUCGUCUUGCCUUGCGAUAUACAAAACUCCAGCUUCUGUUGUGAUGUCAGCAACCACCCAGACCUCUCCUUGUUAAAGAGCCACAGUGCCUGGGUUCCACACAAGACGUUACUUGAGAAUGUGGUAUGGCCAGGUGUUUGGCUUUUCUUCUUGAAGUUAAUUUAAAUCUCUCGAAUAUUCUAUUUCAUCUAAUGUAGCUAUUACUGAUCCGCCUUUCUUCCUUUUUGUAACGGUUUUAAGCUAAGAAAAAAAAAAUUGCACAACACAGGCAGCUAAAGUUUACAACCAGAGACCUUUAAAGGAAAAAAACAAACAUUAUCUACAGUGUUUUAAUAAUUUGUUGGUGCAUGUUCAGGUUUGCCACAUUCCAGGAGAAGACAGAAUCAUUCAAGAUCUGUGAGACUGUUCAACAUCUUAGUACUGUUGUAAUUCUGGGACGUCUACCCCAGUACUGUGCACAGUUUUGUAUAACGAUAGUCAUGGAUAAGUGGCAGGUACCAUCGCUCGUCAGACUGUGUUCAGCUCGAGACAGUCAGGUUUGUGUUUUGUCGUAUGUAUGCUCUACUUCCUUAUACAAUUGUGGUGAUGCGACCCUUAGACUUGCCAGAAUAGGUUAGGUUUAAAUUAGCCAAAGUAUGUGUCUGUAUGGAGCAAAACAGUAACCUUGAACGUGUGUGUGUAUGCGUGUGUGUAUGUGUGAGCAAAAGAAAAUGGGGAAAAAAAUGCCACAAAAUGUAAAAAUGUCAAUACAAAAAAAAUGUAAAUUUGUAUAAUGUACAAAAAAAAAAUGUAUAGUAAGUUGUAGAUACUAACUUAUUUAUUAUUGUUAUUUUUGUCAUGUUAUAUAAAACUAAAUAUUUUUAAAAUCAA